ACUGCAGCCUCCUUCCUGUAGCCCGGUUGAGGAAGUGAAUUUCGCUGACAGGGCUGGGUUCAGUGAGGGAGAGGCGAACAAAACAUCUUCCGCUGGGGACUAAAAAGACAACAAAACAACAAGCGACGAGAGGAGCGAUUUGUUAAGUCGCAGCGAACCCAAGUUGUACACUCGUCGGUGAAAUCGCGCUCCCCUGCCCCGCUUGAGAACGCCGCAGACAUGAAUGACCAGCAGCUGGACUGUGCUCUGGACCUGAUGAGGCGUCUGCCUCCUCAGCAGAUCGAGAAGAACCUCAGUGACCUCAUUGACCUGGUGCCCAGCCUGUGUGAGGACCUCCUCUCCUCUGUGGACCAGCCCCUGAAGAUCGCCCGGGACAAGGUGGUGGGAAAAGACUAUCUGCUCUGCGAUUACAACCGAGACGGCGACUCCUACAGAUCCCCGUGGAGUAAUAAGUACGAACCUCCCAUUGAAGAUGGCGCAAUGCCUUCAGCUCGCCUGAGGAAACUCGAGGUUGAAGCCAAUAACGCCUUCGACCAGUACAGAGACCUGUACUUUGAGGGCGGCGUGUCUUCCGUGUACCUCUGGGACUUGGAUCAUGGCUUUGCCGGAGUUAUUCUCAUCAAGAAGGCCGGGGAUGGAUCCAAGAAGAUCAAGGGGUGCUGGGACUCCAUCCAUGUGGUGGAGGUGCAGGAGAAGUCCAGUGGUCGUACCGCUCACUACAAACUCACCUCCACUGUCAUGCUGUGGCUCCAGACAACCAAGACCGGCUCCGGUACCAUGAACCUGGGCGGCAGCCUUACAAGACAGAUGGAAAAAGAUGAGACGGUUGGAGAGUCCUCACCCCACAUCGCCAACAUCGGCCGUCUCGUUGAAGAUAUGGAGAACAAGAUUCGCUCCACACUGAAUGAAAUCUACUUUGGGAAGACCAAGGACAUCGUCAACGGCCUAAGGAGUGUUCAGACUCUGGCUGACAAGUCGAAGCAGGAGGCUCUGAAGGUCGACCUGAUGGAGGCACUCAAACGCAAACAUAACAGCUAGAGAUGCUACUGUUGUUUUUUCUUCUGUCUCUCUCACACUCUCUCCGCCUCAUCUCUGCCAUCUUUCUCUGUUUCUUUACGUCUCUCCCUCCAUGCCUGUUUCAGUGCUGCACUCUUGUUUAUUUGUGGAAAAACAAAAAAGGAGAAAAUGCUUAGCUUUUUAUUUGUUUUUGUUCUUUUUUUUUUUUUGCCCCGUCUGGUUUUUUGUUUUCAUGCAUCUCAUCUGCCAUGAAGCCAUUCACUCCCUCUGUUUCUCUCCUCCCCUCUCUUCUUCUCUCUCUCUCUGUCUCUCUCUCUCUCUUCUCUCCCAUGUAAUGAAUUUAAUGAUAGUAUUACCACGGUUAAUGAUAAUCUUACAGUGUGUGAGGGUCAUUGUAGUAAUAAUCCCCGAUGUUCUCACAGCUGAUGGUCAGUUUGAAACGAGCGACUUUUGCCCGACUGUACUGUAGGCGGCGGUGGUGUCAUUAUCAUGUUCAUGAAAUCUACUUCUCGCACCUAUUUUUGUCUACGACACCCACCCGAUAUAUUUGUAUAGAAUUAUAACUGUCCGUGUAUAACUUGUCAUUCUCCUGGUAAACAGUGCGAACACGAGGGCGGCCUUUCUGUGUGCAAGAAGGUUUUUACACUUUGCUCCACUCUGCACGUGAGCCUGCGAGGCGCCACGAGGCUGCAGGAGGUGGACAUGUAGACUUCCCAAACAUAGAGACGGACUGUUAUUGUCACCGGUUACAACCCUCGUCAUCCCCCUCCACCCCCCUACACUGUGUAUAACAUGACAGACAGUCGCCUCCCCUCUGUUCAGCUUAUCCAACUCUUCUCUCUCCUCACCUGCUAUGUCUUUGUUGGGGGUCACAGUUUGUCUUUGUGUCUCAGUGGAAACCUUUAACUGUUUCCAUUUUUUUUUUUUUUUUUUUGGAGGGGAAUCUUUUGUUGUAUUUUUUUGUUUUUAUUUUGUAAAGCUUAUGAUUCAUAUUGUAUUAGAGCCUCCAGCAACAAUAAAAACAGUAAAAAGCUA